AUGGUAAUCAGUUGGAGAUUAAACUCUCUACACAAGAACAUCGCUGACAACGUUCUAUUUCUUCAAACCGCUAGUGAAAUCCGGACUGAACUUAAUCAUCGCUAUGCUCAAUCCAAUGGGGCUUUACUUUACCAAAUUCAACAACAGUUGUAUUCAAUUUCACAAGGAUUUGAAGAUUUUUCGACUUAUUUCACCAAAUUAAGUAAAAUUUGUGAUCAAUUAGGGAUCGUUCAAGGAAUUUCUCCUUGUUCCUGUGCUUCUGCUACUGCAAUCAAUAAAGUCCUAGAAGAUCAACGUCUCAUUCAAUUGUUAAUGGGACUUAAUGAAUCUUAUAAGAUCAUCCGUGGUCAAAUACUAAUGAUUAAGCCAUUACCAACAAUCUCGACCGUGUAUUCUCACAUUAUCCAGGAAGAAAGACAAAGAGGUAUUACUACAACCUCUCCUCUCAAUCCACAUGCUACUGCUAUGCAUGUCUCUACCGAUUCCUCGAAUUCCAAGAAACAAUUGUUUUGCAACCAUUGUAAGAAGUCUGGUCAUACGAAAUCACAAUGGUACAGACUCGUUGGAUUCCCUACUAGUUUCAAGUUCACCAAAGUCAAGAAAAAAGAAUCUAAACCUACAGUUCAAAAUGUUACGACUAUGACUGCUCCCGACAUUUCACAAGAGCAAUAUGACAUUUGCUUCAACUUCUUCGUACUAAUUCCAUUACUCAUACUUCAUCAUUCAAUCAAGUCAAUUCAUCUAUCACUGGAGGUUCUAUGA